AACCCAUCUGGACAUUAAUGUCACAUUUCUGAAAUCUCUCAACUUCAUCAUCAAGUGGGUUCCUAUGAGAGUGACGACUCUUUGAUUGCUUCGCCACAUCUUUUAUUUUCCCUCACUUUGAUUAUUAUUAUCCUUCUAAGUCAUUUCUCUAUCCAUCCAUAUAGAUAAAAAAGCUUCGAAGAUCUUUGUGUUAUUUAUUUUUAAAGAAUGAGAUCUAGUGUUGAAGAUAACAAAGGAUGGAUAGGACCAGCAACACCGGAGAUAUCGAACGGUUUUGAGUUUCAGAAAGGUUCUAACCGGACACCAAACCAUCACCGGUCUACUAUGGGGAAGCCUGCACCGUCAAAAUGGGACGAUGCUCAGAAAUGGCUUUCUGGUGUAGGGUUUGCUCGUGGAGGUGGUGGAGGUGGUGAGAAGAGUAGUCAUCACUCUAGAAGUAAUAAGCCGAGAAACUCUAACGCGGAUGAUCUUAGACUUAUAGCUUCAGCUUCACAAAGAGAACGUGAAGGAGAAGAUCAGUAUGUUGAGUAUGAUGAUGAAGAGAUGGCUGCGGGAAGGCCGGAGGUUGAGACGAAGAAUGUUGAUUGUGGUGAAUCGGUUUGGAGGAAAGAUAGUAGUAUUAAUCCAACGGCUGUGAUUAGAUCGGUUUGUGUGAGAGAUAUGGGGACUGAGAUGACUCCUAUUGGUAGUCAAGAGCCUUCUAGAACAGCUACACCGGUGCGAGCUACUACACCGGUUGGGAGAAGUCCUGUGACUUCACCGGUGAGGGCUUCGCAACGCGGUGAGGCGGUGGGGAUUGUGACGGAGACUGUGAUGGAGGUUAGGAGGGUAGAGAGUAAUAAUAAUGAGAAUGUUAAUGGUUUUGGGGAGAGUAAGAAGGCGAUGAGUGCGAUGGAAGCUCGAGCUAUGGCUUGGGAUGAAGCAGAACGUGCUAAAUUCAUGGCUAGGUAUAAGAGAGAGGAAGUGAAGAUACAAGCGUGGGAGAAUCAUGAGAAGAGAAAGGCAGAGAUGGAGAUGAAGAAAAUGGAGGUGAAGGCGGAGAGGAUGAAAGCAAGGGCAGAGGAGAAGCUGGCCAACAAGCUAGCGGCGACGAAAAGGAUAGCGGAAGAGAGGAGGGCAAACGCGGAGGCGAAGCUAAACGAAAAGGCGGUGAAGACAUCGGAGAAAGCCGAUUAUAUAAGGAGAAGUGGUCACUUGCCUUCUUCUUUUUCUUUCUCAUUUAAGCUUCCCUCUCGCUGUUGGUGUCAAUAAUCGUUUAUUCUCAUUAUUUUCUUUAGAAUGUAAUCGUAUGGAUUUAGUGAUAUUCAAUAACUAACGCAAAACAAAAGAUUCAAUGGUUUUGUUUGGGGAAGUAGAUAAAAGAAAUUGAGCCAG